AUGGAGGGCAAGGAGGAUAACCAGCGUAUGCGAUCCAUCGCCUUCGUGGCGGUUGCCGUCUCAACGGCUGCCGUAAUUGCGUCGGCAAUCACCACGCCUAUGCUCUACAGCUACGUGCAAACCCUCCAAAGUCAGGUCAACUCUGAGACUGAGUUCUGCCGUAUGCGUUCUCGUGACAUGCUCGUCAGCAUGUACCAGAUGGCUCCUAAGGGACGUGCAAAGAGAGGAUGGCUCUUCGGACAAUGGGUACCUGAUGGUGGUGCCGGAGGUGGUGCUGAAUACGGAGCUCCAGCAACCGAGCCUGGAUACGCUCCAGCUCCACCACCAAGCAAUGGCUACGGGCCCGUCGUCAACGCCGAACCUGAACCACAGUGCUGCACCUGCCAACAAGGACCAGCUGGACCUCCAGGACCUCCCGGAGAUGACGGCAAAGACGGUAACGACGGAGACCAGGGAACUGAUGGAAAAGGAGGAAAGGACGGUGGAAUCGAGCCCUCUGAUGGCCUCCAGAGUGAACCCUGCAUCAUCUGCCCACCUGGACCUCCAGGACCACCAGGAAACGCCGGAGCAAAGGGACCACAAGGACCUCGCGGAACUCCUGGACUUUCCGGAGUUGACGGACGCCGUGGAGAGCCAGGUAUGGUUGGACCAGCUGGACCAAUGGGAGAGCCCGGAGUACAGGGACCAAAGGGAAAGAAGGGAGACGAUGGACAUGUCAUCAACGUCAAUGGACCACCAGGACCACCCGGUGCGCCUGGAGCUCAGGGUCGCAAGGGAGAGCGUGGUCCCAAGGGACGCGUUGGAUCCGUCAUUCCUGGACCUCAGGGACCUCCUGGAGACCAAGGAAAGAAGGGACGUUCAGGCCGCAAAGGAGAGCCUGGAGUUCAAGGACCACUUGGAUCAAAGGGAGCCGAUGGCGAUUGCUUCCACUGCCCCACUCCUCGUACUCCUCCUGGCUAUUGA